GAGGCUUGAUUGUUAUAAUAAGUGACACUGUUAAAGGUUACUAAUACCUGUUUACCCACGAAGUCUUCUUUGAGUUUAUUGCCGAAUUAACAUGUUUUUAUAAGCAAAAGUAUACGUAAAUUAUAUUUUCUGACAACGAUUGCGGGUGAAUACUAAAAUAAGAUGACGCUGUCAUCUAAGAAUAAGGCACAAGAAGUUUAACUACCUCAAAAUAUUAAAGUACCGAUUAUUAAAGAGAAAUGCUGGAAUGUUUGACGUAUACCUCUGCAAUAAAGUUUCGCAAUUUAUGUUGGCUAAAAGAUAAAUGAGUGGCUAUAGAUACGUUUUAGUGGUGCUAGGAAAGAAGUAUGCAUGAAGACUUGACCUACCUCAUUAAGUGCACUUGAAUCUCCUUAUGGGUCUACUGAACAAAUGAUCUCAUCGAGUUUAAAUUAUUGAUUUAACAGAGAAAUAAACGAGACCUCUAGUGAGUUACAGUAGAUAUCAACCACGUGGGCAUUAUGUAUACUUGAAGCAGGUAGCUUUCAAAAAUGGAGCAAAGAAGUAUUAAAAUGUGUAAACUGCCUCAGGUGUGUCGUCAUCUCCACUUCUUCUGUCAUGUCGGGGUUGAAAGCGAGGCAAGAAUUUCAUCUUGUCUUGUUGGUUGGGUAACAUGUCAGGACCAUAAAUUAUCCAGCACAACGUCGAGAAUGCCUCAGAUUUGCUUGAUCCUGCUUACAUGGUCUUGUAAUCGAUCUCCCGAUAGUUGAAGUGUCCUAUGUCUUGGCGUUCCAUCUCUUAGGUGUCGAAGAACAUGGUUAAGGCAUCCGUUCUGUUCAUUGUUGUUGUUAAGGGCUCUGUACAUGAUUCCCGCCAUAAAUCUGAUCUCGUGUAUUUACAUGUAUUGCAAUGUUACACCACAGGGCCUCUCGUUUCAAGUAGUGCCUUGUCUUCACGUAACCUCACUUUCAGGUCGCGUUUGGUGUAUUAAAGCAGCCGCCAUGUGCUUUAGUCAUGAAUAUUCAAUUUAAUGCUCACGUACUUGCGCACUAGAACUGGAAGAAUGCAGCCAGGGGUCACAACUAUACUUCAUGUGGCUGACGCACAGUUGAGAUACACGAUCAAGGUUGAACUUUCACGUAAAUUACAGAUCACUGAUUCCAAAGGGCACUCCUGAUCACAAUACAUACUACCGCAUACAUUACUUCCGACACAUUUUGCCUCGGUAAGUACAAUGUACAGUUCCAUCAUUGAUGAUCCACAAUAAACUCCGAGGUAUCCACACCUUUUAACUUUUACCAAUCAACAUGGCGGGUUUCAUCGUCAAGGCAGUCUUGUUCGUCAUAGGUGUGGUUCUGCUUCAACGGCUGCUGAGACUAGCAAUCAUCAUGGGAGUACACAGACACAUGUUCAAUCACACACCAGGUCCCUGUCACAUUGUCCCCGGAAUAGAUGUUGGCUCCGAAGAUAUAACAACACUGUCCAAUGGCAUCGCCUUCAUCACAUCGGGCGUGGCCCUCACUGAGGCUCAUAUAAACUCCAUCCAAGGCCGUAUUUACAUAUUUGACUUUAACAAACCGGACGACGCCGUGAAGGAAGUAAAGAUCACGGGGAGCUCCUUCAACAAGACGGCCAUGAAACCACUUGGAACAAGCGCCUGGGAGGACCCCAACACUGGAAAAGUCACCGUGUUUGUGGUCAACAAACAACUACACCCAAGAACACCGUCGGUUGAAUUGUUUGAUUACGACCACAAUUCUAAAACGCUGCACCAUCGAAAGACGGUUAUAGACGACAAUAUUUUUGCACCCAAUGAUGUGAUAGCUACAAGUGCCGACACGUUUUACGCCACCAACGAUCUUCGCCUUGAUCGCUUUCGGCUUCUGGAGGUCGCUCUAACCCUACCGACGGGAACAGUGGCUUACUACGACGGUUCCAAGGCCGAGCAAGUAGCCAGUGGGUUCGCCGUAGCCAACGGUAUCAACCGAUCACCAGAUGGAAGGUUCAUCUAUGUCUCUGGUUUACUGGAUGGCGAAAUCAGUGUUUAUGAGAGAAACGUGAACGACCCUCGCGGUUCAUUGGAGUUCCGAAAGAAAAUCUACAUGCACACGUCAGUUGACAACAUCAACGUUGACAGUAAAGGAGACUUGUGGCUGGGAUGCCACUACCUGCCCUAUAAACUCGAUGUAAUGACCGGAGAUAGGUGGGUGGGAACCACUCAGGUCUUAUGGGUGCGCUUCGAUGCAGAACUGAACCCCGAGAUCCGAGAGGUACUCGCCGACGACGGCACACUGCUCAAAGGCUCCAGUGUGGCCAGUGUCUACGGUCAGAAAAUGCUGGUCGGAACAGUUGGCAAUCAGAUGAUGAUGUGUGAUCUCCUAGCGUCAUGUGAAUUAGAACGAAGACCGGACCUGCAUUACUUGCUGUUAUGUGUGUAUUUAAGCAGUCAACCGUCGCCGGUUACACGUAUACGAGGUGGAGUCGUCACUUGGCCAGAUACUGUGCAAUUGUGCCAUUGCAAAACCUCAGUCGACAGGAACACAUUCACGAUGGCGGGGACUUUGGGAAAAGCAACACUUGUGCUCAUGCUGGUCGUAUGCGUGCGGUACACCGUCAAACUCGCGACGAUGCUGGGCGUGCACAGACACGUGUUCAACCACACACCAGGGCCAUGCCGUCUGGUACCUGGAAUUGAAUUUGGGUCAGAGGACAUCACUGUUACAUCAAAAGGAAUCGCUUUCAUUUCGUCCGGUCUGAAGUAUACCCCAGCCGAAUGGGAGAUGGAAGAUGAAAUCAAGACCCGAAUUUUUACUUUUGAUUUCAACUAUCCGGACCGGAAUGUAAGCGAGGUUAACAUCCGAGGAGAGUCGUUUGACAAGGAGGGCGCCAACUACGUUGGCUUAAGUAUUUUGGAGGACGAGGCGACAGGUAAAGUAACACUGUAUGCAACAAACCGCGGGAAGAAAAGGUCAUCAAUUGAGUUAUUUGAAUACAAGCAGGACACUAACACGCUGAUGCACGUUGAGACGGUUACCAGCGACAAUAUAUACAGUCCAAACGAUGUCGUGGCAGUUGGUGAAAGGCGUUUCUACGUCACAAAUGACUUCAAAUUCAGAAGUUUUCUGGAAGUAUUUUCUCCAAUACCAACCGGGACAGUGGCUUACUAUGACGGCGAAAAGGCUCGAAUAGUGGCUACGGGCUUUACAAUGGCUAACGGAAUCAACCAAUCACCAGACGGGAAGUAUGUCUACGUGGCAGGAGCCUUUGACAGUCAAGUCAACAUUUUCGAAAGAAAGGAGAGUGGUCAUCUAAUGUUUUUUAAGAAAAUUGACAUGCACACUGUCGUAGAUAACAUCGAAGUGGAGAGAGCCACUGGUGCCCUGUGGCUUGGUUGCCACUUUCAGCCCUACAGAUUAUUCAUGGGAGACGAAACCGACCGCAACAAAGGACCUUCGCAGGUUCUAAAAAUGAGCUUGGACGAAGAGCUUAACGCGGACGUGAGAGAAGUGUUAAUUGAUGACGGCGAGCUUCUGAGAGGUUCCAGUGUGGCUUGCCCAUACGGUCAGCAAAUGCUGGUUGGAACUAUAAAGAACAAAAUGUUACACUGUCAGUUAAAGGCUUACUGAGGUCCAAUCUGCUAAGCAGGAAAGUCUUUUUCUGUCAGGGUACCACAACAUUUUUAUUUCGUCGCAAUUUUGUGUGACCAUGUGCACAUUUAUUGAGUGAAAGGCUGUUUUAAUAGAAUUACAAUUAAGAAGAGUACUAAUAAGACAGAAGUACAUGUAUAUGCUGCGCUGUUGGUCACAGUCUGCUGGUACCGUAGCCACAGACAUGCGUUCAUGCAUGGUCGAGUUCGGGUGGUCCGUUCUUGACACGGACGCGUGUUCUCGCGCUCGAACGGCGGGAACACUUCCCAAGA